AAAAGGGUAAAUCCGAUAUUAGUGGUAAUUAAUCCAGCCUCCACAGCUUUAUAUUCUUUCCCUUCCCCUCUCUAUUUUCCUGUAGCUUUCUUUGAAUGCCUGAAGAAGUUCUGGUUUUAGCAGUGGAGGGUCUCGAACUUGUGACCUGGUUGCAAUGGGUGAAGGAAGUGGUAGUAGUUUGAGUGUUAUUUCCUCGAGGGAGAUGUUGCAUCGUUACUGGAAUUGGUUGGUGGAUAGAUAGGAGGUAGCAGAUUUGAUUUGAAGGAGGAGUGGUGGAGAAGUGAGAAAGGAGGGAUUUGAGGUAGAGAGGAGGGUAGAUCAUCUUGGUGGGUGAAAAUGCCAGGGGUUUCGUCGGAAUCGUACAUGCCUGCUUCUUUUUUUAAUGGUUCUGUAAAUGGUGAUUUUGUUGUGCCUGUGUUCGAACACUCGCCGGGGUUCGAAGUCUCCAGCACGAAGUUCUUGCCAAGAGAGGAGAUGAAUUUCCUCAAUGAGAGGAGAUUCUUGGCCAAGAGCUUGUCUUUUGGCUGUGAUCCGUUGUCUAAUGGUGAUGAAUGGCAUGAAAAUGUUUGUAAAGAGGAGGGCUUUGAUGCGGCUGCAGCGGCAGUUGCGUCUAUGUCUUCUGGAGGGUUUAGAUCAGCGAGCGAUGAGGUCUGUGCCCUGCAUAAGUAUUUGCCGUCGAAUAAUGAAGAGGAGGUGUCUUUGGUUGCGCUGGGAGUGGAAGCAUAUUCUUGUGAUGAAUUCAGAAUGUACGAGUUUAAAGUUCGGAGAUGCAUGAGGGGAAGAAGCCAUGACUGGACGGAGUGCCCUUUUGCGCAUCCGGGAGAGAAGGCGAGGCGCCGGGAUCCUCGCCGUUUCCUUUACUGUGGAACCGCCUGUCCGGAUUUCAGAAAGGGCAGUUGCAGGAGAGGCGAUGCAUGCGAAUUCGCGCAUGGCGUCUUUGAAUGCUGGCUUCACCCUGGUCGUUACAGAACCCAGCCUUGCAAAGAUGGCCGCAAUUGCCGUCGCAGGGUCUGUUUUUUCGCUCACACGCCUCAGCAGCUCCGUCUUCUGCCCCCUUCUGCUAACGCCUCUCCCAGGGCUUCGAAGAAUCAUCACGGUUACGAUGGCUCUCCGCUUCGUCACGCUGUUUCUGCGGCUGCAGCGGCUGGUGCUGGUUCUGGUUCUGGUUCUGGUUCUUCUGCUUCCUUCGACGGAGCGGGAGUGGGAGCAGGAGCAGCUUUAGCUCUUGGUUUGGACGCCAUGAGUUCGAAUCACGGAGGGUGCUUGACCUCUCCGCGGGGGUACUUUUCCAAGCCUAGUCUUUAUCCAAUGUCGUCCAACUCGCCUACCUCAACGCUGGUGGGAUAUUCGCAUUCGCAAUCGCCACCAUCCUUAUCGCCACCGCUUUCCCCUGCAGCCUCUCCUCCGCACUCGCCUUCCAGUUGGCCGCUUGCUUGUGGGGGUUGGAACCCCUCACCUAGUAACAACAGCGACAACACCAGUGCUGGUUUCAGUCUCAAUCCCGUGAAUUUCUCUGAAGCUUCUGGUUCUGCCUCUCCAUUUGGCUUGCGCUACCCCAACAUAACAAUACCCUCAUCACUUGAUGGACUUUCCAGCCCAAAGGCUCUGUCUAGCAGCGAUGUCUCGUAUACACCUCUGUCGCAGCACUCUCCCAAGGCAAUGGCGGAUCUCGUGAGCUCCCUACAGUGUCUGGAGCUUAACAAUGGAGGAGGAGGAGGAGGGACGCCUUCUUUGUGGGUGCAGCCUCAAAUGGCUUGUAUUCAGAGCGGCUCCUCUCCUAGGCCAUCGAACCUGCGACAUUGCUACUCUUACAGUCUUCCUGUCACUCCUACUAAGUCGAGAAUGGAUAACAAGGUGGACCUCUGGCAAGCGGAUUGCCCAGAAUGGGCCGAGGAGCCAGUGCAGAGGGUGGAGUCAGGGCGUGAUCUGCGUGCAAAGAUCUACGGCAGGCUGAACAGGGAGAACAAUACUAAUCUUGCUAACGCUAACAAUUCCGAGUCUUCUCCUGAUCUGGGGUGGGUUAAUGAGCUUGUUAAGUAGCAAACUAGUGCUUUAAGCUGUGUGCAUUAGGAUUGCUUUAUCUGUGUAGAGUUAAAUAAGAAUUGAGAUAGUUGUGUACAGUUGGGGUUGGGGGGCUGGGAGGGAGGUAAUGGGUUGUUUUCGGGGUUUGAAACGUUAACCCUUUGAUUAAUUGUUCAUAUCUUUGCCAUUUCUUGUGCUAUAUGCUGUGUAAGAAAUCAGGUUCUGGGUUGGGUUUGUUCGAGGGAUGGUUUAUAUGGGGAUUUUAUUUCCUUCUUAUAUCCGAUUUUUAUACAGGAGUUAACAGGCUCUUCUCUUCUCUUCUUUGGAUGAUGAUGAUUUUGUUGGUUCACGAUUCGCUCUGCAAUGAGUAGACCGAUUGUUUGAUUGGAGGAUUUGCUGCAAAUUCAGCAUAAUUUUGUAGGCAGGUUGCAACUGCUUGGAAUUUAACGUGGUCUGGAAUGGCCUCUCUUUAUCCAUGGAAAAACCUUUUGGCAGUGGAAUUCAUUUUGUAAGCAGGUAUAAGUGCAACCAUGUAAGGGAAAUGCUAUUGACUGUCAGCAGACACUGUUCGUAAGCAUUUUACUAUUAAUAGCUCUGUAUAUAGGUAGAGAUCCAUUUCUUUCUUCUCACUGUAACAAGCAGAAUGUACAGCAAUACCAGUCUAGUCGUCACUUCUGUAAAUAUAUUUAAAUCUCUGUGUAUUUCGAAUAUAGGUGGUCAAAAUUGUAAAGCCCAUAAUAUAUUUGAUAUUUUUUAUAUAAUCAAAAUUUCUUUUCAA